GCGACGGACGCCGCGUUGACGCAACCUGCUUUGUGACGCGCCUCUGGUUGGAGCCCCAGCGCAUUUGCCUGCAAGCUAAGCGGCUGUUCGUUUUUUUGCCGAAGUUUUCAUUUCUAACGUUCGCUAUGUCUGGUCGCGGCAAGGGUGGCAAAGUCAAGGGGAAGAGCAAGACCCGCUCUAGUCGUGCCGGGUUGCAAUUCCCGGUGGGUCGUAUUCACCGCCUGCUGCGGAAGGGAAACUACGCCGAGCGCGUCGGUGCCGGCGCUCCGGUCUACUUGGCCGCCGUCCUGGAGUACCUGGCCGCCGAAGUGCUCGAGUUGGCCGGAAACGCGGCCCGUGACAACAAGAAGACCCGCAUCAUUCCCCGGCACCUGCAGCUUGCUAUCAGAAAUGACGAGGAGCUCAACAAGCUUCUCUCCGGCGUCACCAUCGCUCAGGGUGGUGUGCUGCCCAACAUUCAAGCCGUCCUGCUCCCCAAAAAGACCGAGAAGAAGUCCUAAACACGCUGGCUGCAGGGUUCCACGCCAGCAGUUUGUAUCUCGGCUGGAAUGAAGAAACCAGACCUGUGUUCUCAUCGUCAUACGCAAGGCUGUUCUUAAAAAUUCUGCUGGUGUCAUUUUUUUUCUCCUGUAAAUAACUGAAGGUUCAAUUUGUGUGUCGUCGUCUUUGUGUAUAGAACUGUGCGUGUAAGCAUGUUCGUGCUCUGCGAUUUGCGCUGUAUGUUAUGCUGGUGGCAGUCUUUCACGUGAAUAAAGUUUUCAUCUCGUCUGCCUA